AGUAGGUAUUUGGUAAAGUAGGAGGAAAAAUUUAGAGAAUGGCUCAGGCUUUUGAAAUUCGAGACCGAUUCUAUGGGAAAAACUUCAUAAAAAUUGCUCAAGUAGAAAGAAAUGGUGCAAAUCACGUGAUCAAAGAGUACGAAAUGGAAUUAAAGAUGUCAUUGGCAGGAGUGAAAGAAUAUACAAGUGGGAUGAAAGUUUUGUUUUUAGAGAGUUAUAGAUUAAAGCAAUUCUUUAUUAAAGCUGAUAAUUCUGAAUUGAUUUGUGCCAACGGAUGCAUAGAUACAAUUUAUAUUCUUGCAAAUAAUCACGGUAUUAAGUCACCAGAAGCUUUUGGAACUCUUGUGUGUAAUCAUUUAUUAUCGGAAUACGAUAACAUGACGAUGGCACAGUUGACCAUUGAAGAUUUUGCUUGGAAUAAAAUUUCCUACGAUGGAGAUAUGAAUUGUGAAGAAAAAACAAUUUUGCACAAUCAUGCUUUCAUACACAAUUCAGAUUGUGCACGAACAUGCACUGUCACAUUUCAUCGUAAAGAUGAUGUUCCAACUGUCACAAGUGGAAUAAAAAACUUACGAUUAAUGAAAACAGCACAGGCGCAGUUUAUAGGGUUUCGUCGUGAUGGCUAUACAACUUUACCAGAUAUCUUUGAUAAACUCUUAUGCACGAAUGUAACCUGUACAUGGAAUCUAAAAAAAGGUUCAACAUACGAGGACUAUAACAGAAUUUGGAAUGAUGUGAAAAAUCGCAUAAUAAAGUGCUGGGGUGGCGAUCCCGUAGAAGGAGUUCUAUCGACAUGUAUGCAAUUUACGCUUCAAACUAUUGAACGGAAUAUUCUUGAAUCGAAUCCUGAAAUUAUUUCUAUUCAAAUGCUGAUGCCAAAUCUUUUGUAUGCUGAUUUCGAUUUUUCAAAAUUUAAAACUCUGGAAAUUAAAAGAGGUUUUAGAUCUAUUCAUAUACCAUCUGAAAAGCCUUUGGGUGCUGUUUAUGGAGAAUUGGGGAGAUUGGAAACUAAACAAUAA